GGCCCUCCUGUCGGGCGUCUUCGCCCUUGGGUUCAACCUGCUGAAGUACGGCAUCGUGCAGCGGCUGUCGGCCACGCACACGGCCUUCGCGGGCAACUUCAACAAGGCGGUCACGAUCGUCCUCGCCAUGGGGUUGGGCCUCGAGCCGUACCCGACAGACGGCUGGGGCUGGCUGAUGGUGGCGUCGUACAUGGGCAACAUCGGUGCCUUCACGGGCUACAACAUCGCGAAGCUCCAGUUUCUCCAGCCUUCCAGGGAGGAGGACCUGGGCAGCCCUCUGGACUCCGACGAGAAGGAGCCGCUGCACCACCCUGAGAGCACCGCGGACGACCUGGAGGAGAAGCACAGCUCCUCCGAGGACGACGAGUGGGAGUCGCAGGCCAUGGUCACCCCGGACGGCGGCUGCCUCUGCUCCUUCGUGGGCGGCGGCCCGCAGAAGGCGGCCGUCAUCGAGGGCUACAGCGGCCCCGCGGCGCAGCCGCUCACCGGGGGCCCUGGGCACGCUGCGAAAGGUGGCGGCUUCGGGGGCUCCGCAGGCAGCCCGUGACGGCACUGGCCCUUGGCCCGCGCGGGCGCGGCUUGCGCCGCGCGGGCGGGCGAGCGCCGGGUGGCAGCCCCACUAGCGCGGCGCCCCGGCGCGCGCGCGGCGAGCCGCCCCGCCCCUGGCCCCCCGCAAGUGAUGGGGCAGCGCUGGGGAUGGCGCCGCUGCGCUCUUCGGCCGCGUGCUCGGAACGAUCGCAGUUCAGAGGAGGAAGGAGGAGGAGGCCCGCGCCGCUGGGCUCCUCACAGGGAGCCCCCCGCCGCCAGGCCGCGCCGGGGCCCACGGGCCCGGCCCGCGAGGCCGCGGCCGCGGCCGCGCCCUCCCGCCCGCGGGCUCUCGGUGGGGCCGUGCUCGCGCGCCGUACCUUGCCGCGGCGUGCCCCGCCGCGGCGCGGCGAGGGGGCGGCCGCGCCCUCGACGGGGGAGGAGCGACGAGGAUGGGGCCCGGAAACGGCGGAGGACGAGGAGAGGCGACAAUAUGUGUGGCCAUAGUGCAGUGCAGUGCGUUCGGGGCUUUAGGAGCAUUGUUACUCCUCUGUGCCCUUCGUGUGCAGAAGCGCCUAUGGUCCUUUAUUGCUAUGCGACCUCCUAAUCUUCCGGCCAGGUAGGAUCACAUAGCCCUUCCGUUGUAUAGAUUCCUCGCCACACGCUGCAACCGUGUCUUCAGCGCUACCCAGUGUUCCGUGCCCCUCUCACCCCUCUCUUGUCCAGCUGCCUGCAGCACCUCCCGCGACCGAUUCCCCGCUCCCUUUCUCC